AUGCCCUAGUCGGCCCCAGUCUUGGAUUUGCCUUUUGCCAAGUGGUUGUUGGGAUCUCAUAGUCUUCUCCUUUCAGGUAAAACUGAAUUGGGCGAAUUGUAAAGAUCAGCUGCUGAAACUUGGAUUUCACCAUGUCGGUUACUGUCGAUUCCGUUUUCACCAAAAUGACCCCGAACGGGAAGAUAUCGCUGUUCAUGCCACAGAGGGAAUUUGUGGAUAAUCUAUCAUGGAUUCAACCAAUAGACGGAGCAAUUGUUGUGGAUCGCGAAUACAUCCAUCCAGAACGUUCGAUAGCUGUUCAGUUGGUGAGCGCGGUACGAUAUGGACGCCAAGAUGACGAAGUUAUGGGCUUAAAUCUAUCGAAAGAAAUAUGCCUGGCUAACGUAAUUGUGAAUAAAGUUGCACCGCCCGAGCAUCUCACCCAAAUGCAGCAAAAUCUUGUUCGCCUUCACGGCGACGCUUGUUUUCCUUUCCAUUUUGAUUGGCCGCGAGGCAUCGGACCCAGUUUGACGAUCCAGCAACCAGAAGCUUUCAAAGGCGAGCCAUGCGGAAUCCGACAUUUCAUUGAAGUCUUUUGUCUCUACCGAGGAAGUUUUCAACCUCACAAACGGAGCUCUAUCCACUUUAACGUGGAUAUGAUUCAAAAGUACGGAUCGGCUGAGAAAUCGGCCAUGUGGAUCCCGCCAGCCACAACAGUCAGCCGUCCGCUUUUGCUUGCUCUUGGACGUGUAGACAUGGAAGUUUGCCUAGAAAAAACAUCGGUGGCAGACGGAGAGCCGCUUAUAAUCAAUGUUUCCAUUGUGAAUCAAUCCAACAGGAACAUCAGAGGAAUGAAGAUAUCGCUGACUCAAUUCUAUAAGCUCUCAUUUUCGGAAGGCAAACGUAAAAUGCCAGUGAAUUCCACAGAAAUUAACACCGGAUUUCCUAUUGCGCCAGGAGGCACUCUUAAUCAGACUGUUAUGCUUGUUCCUCGUGUUCCGUCGGCCACAGCCGGUUCUAAGCAAGUGGGCCUGGCAGUGCGUCGCUGCAUGAGAUCGAAAACAUUUCAAUUAGCUCCAAGUACACUUUUUGCCGAAUCCGGUCAUUCAGACAUUUUCGGCUUCAUUAUCUCGUAUCGAGUUCGGGUCAAGCUGGUAGUUUCUCAGACACCUCUGAAUUCCAACGUCAUGGCCGAAGUGCCCGUGUUCAUCGUUGCUAAAAGGGACAGUGAACACUAUUCACACCAUGUGCCUGACAUCGAGAAAUGCACUGACGAUACUUCUGGUACCGUCACUUUUCGGAACAGAAGUGCCGCAUUUGCUAAGUCAUAAAAUGUUCUAUCACUGAAAAGUUGCCUUCAAGAAAGAAGGAUUAAAUCUCAUUGAAUUUCGGUGGCAUAUUUUUCUAUUCAUUUCGUAGAUAAUUUUGAUCAAAGAGUUUAAUGCAUCAUAUUUUGAUUAUUUUCACUAUAUUCUUCAUUAUAAUAUACUUUACCGAAUGUAAUUAGUUUUUUUUUUACCCUUUUAUGAGAAACCUUAUAACUAUGAAAAUAUUUACCAUUAACGUUUAUAGUGUAUCGUCGGUUUUAUAUCCAUUAAAAAGUCUUUAUAUAAUUUGUUCUAUAAUAUGUCUGUCUAUAAAACAGCAAAUUUGAAUAGAAAUAACAAGAAUACAUUCCUUAAACAUA